AGCCCAGUCCCUGCCCGCUCCGAGCCCACUCCCACCCGAAACACACGGUGCGCUCGGAUUGUUCUGGGCUGAGCGUGUCUUCUGCACGGAACGCUGCUGGAGGUAGUUCAGAAAUAUGAAGGACCGCACACAGGAACUGAAGCAUGGGAAGGACACUGAGGAGGAGGAGGAGGAGGUGGCAGUGGGAAUGGAAAAAGGCUUCAUGGACGAGUUCUUCGAGCAGGUGGAAGAGAUCCGCGGCUUCAUCGACUCGCUGGCUGAGAAGGUUGAGGAAGUAAAGCGAAAACACAGUGCCAUCCUGGCCGCCCCCAACCCAGACGAAAAAACGAAAGCUGAACUGGAAGAACUGAUGACGGACAUCAAGAAGCUGGCCAACAAAGUGCGCUCCAAGCUGAAGAGUAUCCAGCAGACCAUCGAGCAGGAGGAAGGACAGAACAGGUCAUCAGCUGACCUCAGGAUACGGAAGACACAACACUCCACACUGUCACGUAAGUUUGUGGAGGUCAUGUCAGAGUACAACUCCACACAGUCGAGCUACAGGGAGCGCUGCAAGGGCCGAAUCCAGAGACAGCUGGAGAUCACUGGACGGAAUACAACAAAUGAGGAGCUGGAGAGCAUGCUGGAAAGUGACAACCCAGCUAUCUUCACUUCAGGGAUCAUCAUGGACUCCAACAUAACCCAGCAGGCCAUGAAUGAAAUCGAAACCCGUCACAACGAGAUCAUCAAGCUGGAGAACAGCAUCCGCGAGCUGCACGACAUGUUCAUGGACAUGGCCAUGAUGGUGGAGAGCCAGGGAGAUCUUAUAAACAACAUUGAAUCAAACGUGCAAGACGCACAGGAGUACACAGAGAAAGCAAAAGAAGACACCAAAGCAGCUAUUAAAGUCCAAAAAACAAGCAAGGUGAAGUUGAUCCUGUUAGGUGUUUGUGUUGCAGUCUGUCUGCUCAUCCUCAUCAUCUCUCUCGCUGUUGGACUCAGCUAACAAACCCCAAACCCUGAAAAGUCAGGCCUGGACGAGUGGCGAGUUUGGAUUAUUAGGGUGUCUGUAGUGCAAAAAAUAAAAAAAAUAAUAAUUAGCAGAAAUGUAUACAUAAAUAGUAUUUAUCUGCAAGUUUGUAAAAGUCUGUGAACUCACCUACCUCACUUUCUCCUCUCACUCUUCUGCAUGAAUGUUGUGAUGCAGCUUGUUGUGUGUCUGAGUUCUUAGUACUGUUAGAAAUGCUCUCAUCCACUCUCCUUUUUCUGGAUUUUUAUUAAGAAUUGUUCAUUUUACAAUAUAAUCAAACCAGUAUAAGAAAGUUCUACUGUAAGUCGCACAAAUGCUUUAACAAAAACUCCUAAUAUCUUAACCCAACCAAGACUUAACUCCUAAAAGUCUUAGUGGGCAGUGUUUGGGUACAGUUUAAAAUACUGGACUAUUGAUCAGAGGGUCACUGGUUCAAAUUUACCACCAAGUUGACAGUGUUUCAUCACAGUAGUAAGUCGCGUUUGGAUUUUGGAGUGUCUGUUACAUGCUGUAAAUGUAAUGAAUGUCAAACAAGACAUUACAAGCUCUUGAUUCAUGAUUGUAUUUUAAAACAGUACUAAGCACAUUUAUCUUCUGUGAAGAUUUUGUUAUUUUUUAUGUGAUUUACUGUGUUUUGUUGGGCAGAAUCUUAUUCUUGUCUGAAUACAGAAUAUUCUGCCCUUACUGUAUUUAGUAACUGUGUUUUAAUACAGAAAAGUUUAAUGUAUUCAGAAAGCUUUUGACACCAAUGAAAUGGCUCUUAUGAAAGAAAACUGUGUAUUGAUAGAGGAAGUUCUGGGGGUCCAAGGCUGGCCAGUGACCCUGUGUCAACAAACCUGGAACCCUGGGACACCUAAAAUAAAAAUUAUAUUACUUAAUCUGUUUUUGCAAUUAUCAACAUAAAGCAGUCAUGUUAAAUUCCUCUAAAGCAACACCACUAAGAUCUGAAGUAAGUGCCUGUUUUAAUAAUUAACCCUGCUAAUUAAUUAGACCCGCCACCAUUUAAAUAUGAUAAAGUUGCUGUAUUUUAAAUAUUGUUUUUUUUUUGUCUAGUAAACAUUUGAAUUGUUGUGAUAAUUGAAGUUAUUAGUAAUAAUAAAAUCAUUCAUUCUUUAAUUCUUCUCUUUUUAUGCUGCCUGGAUUUUUUUUGUCUAUUCAGAAGAAAAUAUUGAUUCUGAUCUGCUGUGUGGUGCUCGGUAUCAUUAUUGCUUCCAUCGUUGGUGGAAUGUUGGCCUGAAGCACAAACAGUUAUGAUGUACAACCGUAUCAAACAUAAAACCUACACAUGCACAGAAAAUAAUGCAACAACGUGCCGGCCCACGGCAGCAUAGAGUCAAAUUAAUACGAAAGAACUGAUUUGUUUCUCGCAUGAGGUUCUGUUCUGUAUCUGUGCAGUUCUGAAAUGUGUUGCUCUGGAUGUCAUUUGUCAUGUUUAUGGAAAAAAAUAUAUAAAUGAAAUUUAUUUUUUAUUCAAUUUUAAACUUGUAAAGGUGGAAAAAGAUUUACUGCUAUAUAGAAGGAAACUUGCUCCUGGAACUUGGAGAUAUAUUUUAAGGAGAUAUUCUUGCCAGUCUGUGGUGCCCUAAAAUCUUUCACCAUUUUUAACAUUUAAUUAGUAUCUCUUUUGUCACAACCAUCCUUCUUUUUAUGCCAAAUUCUUCAGUGUUUAAUUUUAUUAUUCAAAUUCCAAUCAAGAUUCCUGUAACAUUUAACAAACACCAGAGGCCUACAUUUGUGGUUGAAUGAAAGUUAGAUAAGAGGAAGUACUUUUUAUUUGUAUGUGUUUUAUUUAUUUCCAUGAAGGCUUUGAUUGCCUUGCUUGCCUUAAAGUUCCUUGCUAAUGUAAGGUGGGCGAGACCAAGUGCAUUGACCUGCCCUGUAAGGUUGCAUAAAGAAAACGUGUUGGAAUGGUUACAUCUAAAUUGAAGAGAAAUGGUGAUAAAAGCCAGAUGAAAAUCACUGAUGUUUCUGAUGAUUUAUUAAAUAUUAUUUAAGCUCUUGACUUAUGUGUAUGAUUUUCGCUGCAACCACACGACUGGCUAACUGGAUAAUUACAUAAAGAAGCAGUUGUACCAGUGUUUCUAAUCAGUCCCACUGCAACCUACAAAGUUGUGUACAAGGAAAAGUUUUUGAAUGAUAUGCAAAGAAAAGAGUGCUAUUUAUUUUUCUGCUUUUUGUCUCAUCUUGAGUAUUUAUUUGGGGGCUGGGGUGGGGUUGUUAACGAUUCAGCCAAAAUUCAUGUGUGUAUUAACACCAUCAUCAUCUUGGAGGUGCUUCUUCUUCACAGCUGUAGUUUCUAUUCUGCAUUUGUGUACUGUACUUGUGAAUAUGUUGGGGCCAGUGUUUACAUGUGUGUGUGUGUGUGUGUGUGUGUGUGUGUGUGUGUGUGUUACGUAUGAGUGAACGUUAUGUGCAUGCCAGUGGGGGACUAAGUUUUCAGUAAUUUCACGUCUUCAGUAAUCUGUGUGUUUGAUCAGAAAGUGGAUGGUUGUGUAGUAUUGGGAUGCUGUCAACAACAAAAUGAUGAUGUAUUAUAUGGCUAAAAUAUCUAUAUAUGUUUGUUGGUCAAAGGCAUACGUUUGUGACCCCACAGUCGUGGCUAUUUUUGAUAAUGAGCAUCUAAAAGACCUGGGUAAGACUUGGGUAAGACUUGGGUAAGACGUGUUUGCCUGUUUAUCCAUUUUAAUCAACAGACAAAUUUGCUUAUGUCACUGCCAAUACUUUGUAAGAAAUUGUUAAAUGUUUGGUUUUUUUUAUUUGAGUUUCAUUUGGAAUUAAAUCUUGUCUAAAUACCA